AUCUUUGAGGACAUGUAUUUUAAUCGUUAGAGCGGUCACUCGACUAUCUUGUCAAUAUAAUUGAUCAUCGAAGAGGGAGAACAGGGGCAGGGGGUGUUUGUGGGGCAAACGAGCACAGCACAGGCUGCGUGAGAAGUAAGCUGGUAGAGUUCAACAUGGCAUCCGGCGAUACGCUUUAUAUUGAGGCGGACGGCUCGGAGAUGCCGGCCGAACUAGUGGAGUUGCACGAGAUAGAGGUGGAAACGAUACCGGUAGAGACUAUCGAGACUACAGUGAUCGGGGGAGACGACGACCAGCCGAUGAUAGCACUUCAGCCGCUGGUAUCAGACGACCCGAAUUCGAUCAACCACCACCAUCAUCAAGAAGUGAUCCUAGUGCAGACAAGAGAGGAAGUUGUUGGCGGGGAUGAUUCGGAUAUGCUUGCGGACGGGGGUUACGAGGAUCAACUCCUCAUCCCCGUCCCAGCACCCGGGGUGGAAGACGAGUACAUCGAACAGACUCUGGUGACUGUAGCCGGGAAAAACUCGGUGGGUCGGAUGAAGAGAGGGGUAGGCGGCAGUGGCAAAAAAGCUGGCCAAAAGAGCUAUUUGGGUGCUGUAGAACCAAGCAGUAGAAAAUGGGAACAGAAGCAGGUGCAAAUAAAGACUAUGGAGGGGGAAUUCUCUGUUACAAUGUGGGCUUCGGAUGACAAAAAAGACAUUGACCAUGAGUCAGUUGUUGAAGAACAGAUCAUUGGGGAGAAUUCCCCUCCGGACUACUCUGAAUACAUGACGGGGAAGAAGCUGCCCCCUGGAGGGAUACCUGGCAUCGACCUGUCAGACCCCAAACAGCUGGCAGAGUUUGCCAGGUCAGUGUCUAUCUGCCUAAACUCACCUGUCCAUCAAGGAUGCUGUGUUCUUAGUUCCUUCAGUGACUCUGCUGGUCCCUAUGGUCAGAACUCUGUGUGGAUGAAGCCGAGGAAGGUAAAAGAAGACGACGCGCCCAGGACGAUAGCCUGCCCUCAUAAAGGCUGCACAAAGAUGUUCAGGGACAAUUCAGCCAUGAGGAAGCAUCUUCACACCCAUGGGCCUCGUGUGCACGUCUGUGCCGAGUGUGGCAAGGCCUUCGUAGAGAGUUCCAAACUCAAACGUCACCAACUCGUUCACACAGGGGAGAAACCCUUCCAAUGUACCUUUGAGGGCUGUGGGAAGAGGUUUUCACUGGACUUUAACUUGCGCACACACGUUCGUAUCCACACCGGAGACCGGCCCUACGUAUGCCCCUUUGACGGCUGCAAUAAGAAGUUUGCCCAGUCAACCAACCUCAAGUCUCACAUCCUCACACACGCCAAAGCCAAAAACAACCAAUGAGGGCCCUCCGACCUGCCCCAAGUCCCACCCCCACAGCAGCAUCUUAAAGACACCACACGUCAAACCUCCUUUGAUGAAAGAAGGAAAUGUUUGAAAAAUACUUUUUGAUAAAUACGGAGAUUAAAUUCUCCCUUCUCCUAUUCGUUGGCUGAAGAACACAGUGGCACUCUUCAGAAAGAUGAAACCCCUCCCAACCUUCCACCCCCUCUCUCCUCAUAGCGGCUUCAUGUUUAUUGCCAUAAAUAUGGAACUCAUGGACUAACAUCAGAGACUAUUCUUUCUGCCAUGGAAAGGCAUGAGAGAGGGAGCAAUCAGGCUGUUUUUCCACUUUCAGCAUAGAUUUUAAUUUUCUAUUUCUACAAGUGUGCAUAUUGUACACUUAUUUUGGGAUAUGUUCAGUAAGACAAUUAGAUUAUUAUGUUUUUUUCCCCCUGAGUAUUUAGAUCCACUUACCGUACGAUAGUCCUGGCAAGACGUGAGUUACUGUACCGUCACAUUGCAUCAAACUAUCUUCUGAAAAAAGUUUUGGUUUGCAUCUUAAUCUUUACUUUUGGUUGUAUUCCUUCCAACCAUUAAAUCAUCUUGUAUACUUAUAUUGUAUGGCUGUUGAAAUUAUUUAGACUGUGAUAGAGGUGUGAUUUUUAAAUUGUUAACCAAUUAAAUUUUGUCAUGAGUUGAUUUCUUUUUUGAUGAAUUGUCACCUUUGCUGAGAAACAUGUCCCUACCGUUGAUUCACUGCGAGCCUGUCUAUUCUAAUACUAAAAUGCAUUAAAUGAAAUCGCCAGAGUGACCAUCUGUUUCUUUGUUAGAAUGUAAUGUACAGGCGUCGUCAACCAUGAACUUUCUUUGUUGAUAUUUACACCCAUGCAUUUCAACGGCCCACAAUAAAAAGGUUAUCCCAAA